GUCCUCCCAUGCACUCGUUCUCCAGGUAUCGUGGUCCGGGUGGCUUGAUGACGUUUACGUUUGCUCAUGUGUGGCCUGGCUUUUAGGACGAGAAACAGCCCCUCUCAAAAAACCUCCCUACGUUGGGGUGACUGUUGCAAAUCUCACCCUUAAUUACCAUCAUAGUUGAUUAAUUCAUAAGUUGCACAAUGAAACUGUUGGUGUUUUUAAAGCAUAUAUUUUGUUAGACUUUUUGUAAAUUUGCCUCUAUAUAAGUGCUCCUAUAAAUAGCUGUUUUAGAGAAGAUAAGGAAGAUGAUUAACGUUGCAGGAGUUGUUUCAAUUGUAUUAUUUUACAUUUUGAUCCUUGGUGUUGGGAUAUGGGCCGGAAGAAAAAAAGAAGCAGGAAAUGACUCAGAAGAAGAGGUUAUGCUGGCAGGAAGGAACAUCGGUCUCUUCGUUGGCAUAUUCACAAUGACUGCUACGUGGGUAGGAGGUGGUUACAUUAACGGAACUGCUGAGGCCAUCUACACCCAAGGACUCGUAUGGUGCCAAGCCCCCUUCGGAUACUCCCUCAGCCUUGUAUUUGGAGGGAUCUUCUUCGCCAAUCCAAUGCGAAAACAGGGUUACAUCACUAUGCUUGAUCCUCUCCAAGACACGUUUGGAGAACGUAUGGGAGGGCUUCUCUUCCUCCCAGCUCUAUGCGGUGAGGUGUUUUGGGCAGCUGGCAUAUUAGCAGCCCUUGGAGCAACCUUAAGCGUGAUCAUAGAUAUGGACCACAGAACCAGCGUUAUAUUCAGUGCUUGCAUAGCAGUGUUCUAUACACUGUUUGGCGGGUUGUACUCAGUGGCUUACACUGAUGUCAUCCAGCUAUUCUGCAUUUUCAUUGGGUUGUGGAUGUGCAUACCUUUCUCCUGGACCAAUGAACACGUUCAAUCGUUGUCUUCUCUGGAGCAUGAUUGGAUUGGAUCGGUCAGUAAAGAUGAGUUUUGGUUGUAUAUUGAUAAUGGGUUGUUGCUGAUAUUUGGUGGGAUACCUUGGCAGGUCUACUUCCAGAGAGUGCUGUCCAGUAAGUCUGCAGGAAGAGCUCAAGUUUUGAGUUAUGUGGCUGCUUUUGGGUGUAUCUUGAUGGCUAUACCUCCGGUACUCAUUGGUGCUAUUGCGAAGGGUACAGCAUGGAACGAGACAGAUUACAAAGGUCCUUAUCCACUCAGCCAAGAUGAAACUAGUAUGAUUCUUCCCAUGGUGCUACAGUAUUUAACUCCAGAUUUCGUUUCUUUCUUCGGUUUGGGAGCUGUUUCGGCAGCUGUUAUGUCAAGUGCAGAUUCUAGUGUGCUAUCUGCAUCUUCAAUGUUUGCUAGGAACGUCUACAAAUUGAUAUUCAGGCAGAAAGCUAGUGAGAUGGAGAUCAUUUGGGUGAUGAGAGUGUCCAUAUUGAUAGUUGGUUUUUUGGCAACAGUUAUGGCGUUGACCAUUCCUUCUAUUUACGGAUUAUGGUCUAUGUGUUCAGACCUGGUUUACGUCAUAUUAUUUCCCCAACUGCUCAUGGUGGUACAUUUCAAAGACUACUGCAACACCUACGGCAGCCUCGCAGCAUACAUAGUCGCCUUUUUCGUACGUUUAUCCGGUGGUGAACCUCUGAUGAAUCUGGAGCCUAUGAUCCAUUAUCCUGGAUGGGAUGAAAAGGAGCAUAGACAGCUCUUCCCCUUCAGAACCAUGGCCAUGCUGAUGUCUUUGGUCACUUUAAUCGGCGUAUCUUGGUGGACGAAGUGGGUCUUCGAAACUGGAAGAUUGGCUCCUGGCUACGACUUCUUCAGAUGCGUCGUGAACAUACCUGAAGACGUACAGAGAGUGGGGGAUCCUUUGGAAGAAGGGGAACAGAUGUCUAUGAUGUCAUCUGGAGCGAUGGGCAAACUGUAUGGCGCAGCAACUCUGGUAGGUAAGGACGAAAGGAAUGGAAGGAUUAAUCCCGCAUUAGAAAUAGAUGACGAUAUUACACCAAAUGAUGUAGCUGCUUUAAGGGGUGGUAGUAUUAGCAGUGGGGGCAGGAAUAAGUCAGCCCCCAAACCAGAGAGCCAAACCGGUUUUUAAGAUGGGUUGUGUUUAAAUAGGUGCUAAAUUAGUUAGAUCGUAAAGACAACCGCUGGUCGGUCAUUAGUCUUCUGGGUGAAAACCACAGAUCAAUUAAAAAUUAUUGAUCUGAGGUUGCAACUGAAAUGUUCACAGAUGAUGCAUUCAUAAUUUGAUUUGAUAAAAAGCAGGUGAGCUGGCGUUUCAUUUGACUAAUCCUUUUCCUGAAAGAUGGUUAGAAUUUUGUGAUUCCGUUAUCGAAUUUUAUUUUAAAAAAAUUUUUCAAUUAACCCACACAAGAUUACAAUUGACAUAUGUCGGUAUAUAUAUUUGUUUCUGUGUAAAAAAAUUGUCAACCAAUUUUGAAGCUUGCAAGUUUCUCUUGAAAACAUAAUAAGUUGAUGAUGAUGCAACAGUAUAUGUCUAAUUGACAGAUAACAAAGCGUUAUUUAAAAAAUUUCUAGCUUUGUGGAAAUAAAGUAAGUCAAAUGAACCGCUAACUUUUAGGUUGAAGUUACUACAACGAAGAUAUUGGAUUUUUCAGUAUACUUAUAUUUCCUCUUAAAUUGAAGACUCAUUUAUAGUAUUGAUUGAACUGUGAUUUUAUUGCACCAUCUGUGAAUGCUUAGCCAAUAGACUAAUAAUAAUAAUAAUAAACGCGGUAGACCCUGGAGAGUUGUUGAUUAAGUUCAAUAGGUUUAUGUAUAGUUUCCAAUAAUAUCAGUGUGAUAUCUGUAAGUCAAAAAAAUUACAGAAAAACGUAACGUAAACAUAUCAUUGUUGCUCCUUACAAAAUAUAUUCUAGUGUCCAUUUUUGGGUGUAUAUAUGUACUAUAUCCAGUAUUAGUGUCCAUUUCAUUCUGGUUGUCAAAUUUCGAGAAAUACGAGGUUUGCUGAUUGAUAGUUUUUGGAAUAUUCUGUAUCACCUAUUAGGUACUUGAAUCAGUUUGAGGAUGUAUUUAUUCUUCUUCUCUUAGCAGGGAAAUGAACUGAAAAAUAACACAAAUAUUCAUGCUGAGGUGAAAUUAAAAUUGUAGCAAUUGAUUAAAGCACUAAAAGUUUCAGUUAUAUAUUAGUGCUCCUAAGUAGAAGAUUUAUUACAAUCCAAGAACAUUCUUCAAAUUUCGUAUUUCAUUUUUUCUUCUGGUGUUCUUAUGUGAUGAAGAAAGACGUUGAUAACAUUGUAUUAUCAUUAUAAUGUACAAGAGACAUAAGACUUGAAAUGGCAAUGCAGAAACAAUAGAAACAUAUCAAAUUUAGGUGAAAAAAUCAAUUGAAACCUCAUUCAAUGCUUCAUUUAGCACCUGAGUUGUGAACUUUGUGUACAGAUCAUGAAUCAUUUAUAACUGUUGUUAUUGCGAAUUGAAUAUUUAUGUUUGAUUUGGAGUUUUAUAGUCUGUUGAAAAUUAUACACGAUACCAAAAAAAAAUCUUGCUGACAUAUAUCAUUGUUCAGUGUAUUUUUCAGUUUUAGCAUAAUAGUUGAAGUAAUGUUGUAAGAAUAAAGCAAACUCGAGAA